CGGCGCAUUCACUCGUUGUGACACGGCAAACACUGCAACCUCUUCGCUUCGGUAUCUCCUUCUCCUAUUUCACUCCAAUCUCGGCCGGUUAGCGGGCAUCGAUUCUUCGCCAUGGCUGCUAGAAGAGCUUGUGUGAACGCCUUGGAGGGGAGAAUAGCGGGCGCAAGAGGCGCAUCGUCGAGUCCGAGGAGGUUCGCCAGCAAUUGGACAGCUGCGACACGUCGGAGAUCGAUCCAGACCCAGACAACGGCAGCAUCCACGCUAUCCCGGUCAAUUAUUGUCAAAGCAACAAGCCCGUCAUGGCUUCAGAGUCGCCGCCAAUUCUCCUCAUCGCCCGCAUCCCGCCACGGUCACCUGGACCCACCCCGACCGGGUGAAGAACGCAAAGUCACAUUCGUAGACAAGGAUGGCCAUGCCAGCACAUUCGAAGUAGCCGACGGCGACAACCUCCUUGACAUCGCACAAGCCAACGACAUAGAAAUGGAAGGAGCAUGUGGUGGAUCCUGCGCCUGCUCAACAUGUCACAUCAUAGUAGAAGACGAAGCCUACUACGACAAGAUGGAGGAGCCGGACGAUGACGAGAACGACAUGUUGGACCUGGCGUUUGGACUCACUGAGACGAGUCGCUUGGGGUGUCAGGUCAAGAUGAGCAAGGAGCUCGACGGACUGGUUGUGCGACUGCCGAGCAUGACGAGGAAUCUGCAGGCUAGCGAUUUCGACAGCAAAUGAAAAGACUUGGGAGAAGAGUCGUGACAUUCACAGUCAAUUUAUCCGUGAAGACAUCUUGGGGGAGAUGUUGUAGGACAUCUGAUGGAAGACGUCAUGGGUCAUAUCACAUACAGCAUUGAGGACGACAUGUAUUAUACGAACACUCCGCUUGCAGAUGAAAUGGCGUUGAGUACGACUCUGAACUUGUGUAUAGUAUAUGGUAUCAUGAACAUGUUCAA